CUGGGAGCAGGAGGAGGAGAAGGAGGUGGGCAGAGCGCGAGCGGGAGGCGGAGAGGAGCCGACCGAGCAUUUAAAGCGGCAGCCCAACCUCCCCUUCGCCCAGUAGCGAGCCGAGGAAGGCAGGCAGGCAGGCAGGCGAGCGCGUCCGGGAGGAAGCGCCUACGGCAAUAGCCAGGAGCUGGACCUCCCCGCCCCACCGAACCAUCCCCUGCCCGCCCCUCGGGGGAAUCCUCUCUCGCUUGCGGCAGGAGGCGCCCGGACCCCUGGCUGGCUGGUUGGCGGCUGCUGGAACAGCGGCGUUCCCUCCUUCCUGCUCGUGGUAGCCUGGGUGCCCACCAUGCUCCAGCCGGGGAGGCUGUGGCAGCUGCUGACUUUGAUGAAGUUGCCCUGGUGCCUGCUGGAGUUCCUGUUGUCGGCGGUGGCGCAAGGCCAGGAGAUGUACGCCCCGCACUCCAUCCGCCUGGAGGGAGACAUCACCCUGGGCGGCCUCUUCCCCGUCCACGCCAAGGGCCCCACCGGCGUGCCGUGCGGGGACAUCAAGAAGGAGAACGGCAUCCACCGCCUGGAGGCCAUGCUCUACGCCCUGGACCAGAUCAACAGCGACCCCGAGCUCCUGCCCAACGUCACCCUGGGCGCCAGGAUCUUGGACACCUGCUCCAGGGAUACGUACGCGCUGGAGCAGUCGCUCACCUUCGUGCAGGCGCUCAUCCAGAAGGACACCUCCGACGUGAGGUGCACCAACGGGGAGCCGCCGGUCUUCGUCAAGCCGGAGAAAGUGGUGGGCGUCAUCGGGGCGUCGGGCAGCUCCGUCUCCAUCAUGGUGGCCAACAUCUUGAGGCUCUUCCAGGUAGGGCGCUCCGCGGAGGCUCCAGCAUCAGGUUGUUGGCGCCAGAAAUGGCCAGAGAGCCCUGGCACGCGGGCUGGCAGGGAGUGGUGCUGAAGGAGAGCGCCAGCCGCGGGCAUGGCAGAGAGCAGCCCCAGCAAUGGAAACCAACCAAUUUGGCACUGUGCUGUAGGAUCACUAGACUCGAGGGCUUCCUUAGGACCAGGAUGCCCAGCGUUAGAUAAUCCACCCCAUCCCACUUCCCUCCUGCAGGCAGUUCACACGCUCCCAUCCCCCGGGGAGUUUGCUGCUCUGCUCUUUGCCUUUCCCAGCGCUCCCAUCUCUCUUUUCCCAGCCGCCUCUUCCCUCCUUGGAAAUCAGAGGCGCCCUCCCUUCCAGCACGUAUCCUCGGGAUUUUUCUCCUGACACUCUCUGGAUUUAUGAUCCCAUUUUCAAGAAUCAAUCACUGAAUCAAGACGACGGAGGGGGGAGACGCAAGGCGAUGAUUUCAAUGGGUUUGCAUUAGAGUGAAAUAUGGCUUGGCUAAAGGCAACCGGUUCCCCGCCAAGCUCUCGGUUCAGUGCUAGAAAGAGGCGAGCUGUUGGGUGAGGAGGGGGCAGUUUCCACGAAACGGCGAGGAAGCAAGCCGCCACUUUUCGGCUUUGGGGCUGGAGGGAAUAGCCUUGCUGGUUAAUACGAGAAAGAAGCUUAUUUCAUUUUCAUUUAUUUGCGUUCUAGUUUAAAGCCUCGUCUUUAUAAAUUGGAGCGGGGAGGGGGAGCUGAACUUCGCUCGAUUAUUUUUCUGCUGGUGUACCAGUUUGGGUCCAAUAUUUGUUUGACAAAGUAGGCAGUAUUCAAACCAGAAACGGGGGUGACUGAAGAUGCGUUUUGCAAAAGAGGUGCACCGCUGCAUCCCCCAUGCUCAACCGUCUGAACGCCUUGAAAUAGGAAUAACGAAGAACAGUCAGUUUCUCUGUCUGUCUCGUCAAUUUCAGCAGCAGAAUCAUCCUAAGAAAUCCUAGGACAGCAAAGGGUGAAAGAUGGGCGGAGGAAGCGAGAU